AUAUGAUUUUCUCGUUCUUAGGUGAGUCCCAGCAGUUUACUAUUACCGUUGAGAACAGCCAGAUAAAUGUCCCCGUUGGGGGUGAUGCGCUUUUUUCAGUGCGGCCGUCGUCCAAGGUCAGAAGUGGAGACUGGUCUAUUAAUGGGAGUUUAGUCGUCUGGUGGAUCGAUCAGACCGUGUCUGUUGACAAUGUUUACACAUCGCGGGCAGAGUUAUUCACCUCCAAUGGGUCGCUUCUGCUGAAAUCGGUGAACGUGCGGGACAGCGGGGAAUACCGUGUGAAUAUGAUUCCAGUCAGUGGCUCCCAAAGCUCAGCGACCAUCACUCUGCGUGUUAUUGCAUUUACAGAGCCAGUGACUGGAGUUACUGUGGUGAGCAAUGAUUCCACUCCCCUGGAAAACCUCGAUACCAUCGUACUGAGUUGUGACGCGUCGGGCACUGUUCAGACACGGACAUGGUUCAAGGAUAACCAACCCAUCCAGGAAAACGGAAGAAUAUUUACAUCUCCCGACAAGGCGAAACUGACUAUAGUCAGUGUUAACAGAAACGACGCAGGGACGUACAAGUGCAUCGCCAGCAACUCUUUCAGCAGUGGAGCUGGAGAGACCUACGUGCAAGUUUACUCACCAAAAGGAGAUGACCGUAUCACCCUCACCGCCGGCGGGAUCGUGGGCAUUGUACUUGGUUUACUUGGCAUGGGCCUGAUCGGAGGAGUCAGUGGAUGGUUCAUCGCAAGGAAAGCGGGCUGGAUCAAAGAUCCAGCGCAAUCCAAACACGACACGAGCACCACUUCCGGAAGAAAGGGCACCGUGGAUACAAACACUGCGGACGCAUCGCAAAACUACGAAAAUUUCCCAAGGAAUGAGCAGGGCGCAAGAUAUAAUGAACGAGAUGGAAACACCACUUACACGGGACUGAUUCUGGGUGAUCGAUCUGUUUACAGUGAUCUGAAGAGAUAACGUCACCUGUGAACGGAAGAGGACGGUUGGCCGGGAGUUCACACAUCAGAAGGACAACCACCGUGGAAGAAACCACCGUUCAAAACGGCUCUCACUUUUUAUAUACAACCGU